AUGGCUCCACCCGCCGCCACCCCAACUUCCCUCCGCCCGGUCCCGCCCCCACACCUCGCGCCCCGGGCCUCCUCAUCGAGGAGCCAGGGAAUCUCGACGGCCCCGGAGCCCAGCGCAGCGCGCGAGUCCGCUUACCGAGUUCUCCAGAGUCACCACGCACGCUUCGUCGCCGCCAAACUCUCCCACCACCAGCCCGGCCCCGCCCCUUCCCCGCGGCCGGAACCGGAAGCGCCCGGCUAG